UGUCUGAGGGAGGUGGGAAAUGUGUGAGAGGGGCGGGGGGAAGAAAAACAUUCUCAAAAAAAUAUGAAAAAGAAAACAUCCCACUUGGCAGCGGGUGCGCGGGAAGUUCAGCGCGCGAGUUCCGGGUUUCCCGCCAGCCGCCAGCCCGCCCCCCGCCGGCCGCAGCCCGGGUGAGCCCCCCAGCCCCAGCUCGGCCGCAGCCUGCUGGGCCGCGUCCGUCGGUCGGUCCGCUUCCCCUCCCCCAUCCGUCCAUCCCCCGGCGCCGCGCGGGGUCGGCGGUGCCGCGAGCGGCCAGGGUUUGUCAGGGCGCCCGCAGCCCUUCUUGGCCCCGGCCGCGCCUCGGCGGCGGCGCUUGCACAACUCGGCCCCGGGCGGGUUCGGGUCUCGCCGGGGCUGCGCCCUCCGCCCACACCGCGCGGCUGGAGCAGCCGCCUCAAACGCCACUUGUGGAGUUCUUCCCCCGGCGGCUGUAACUUUACACCAGCCUGAGAGAGGCCUAUUUUUAUUCAGAAACCAGCAACCAGAGUGUCUGUAGAGAACGCUCAGAUUGAGGGCCAGCCCACCACUUGAUGGUUUCUCACAGAUUGGUGGGGAAGGAACGUCUUGCCCUCCUGGCCUUUCUUUGAGAUUUCAGAAUUCUGCUGCCAGCAUACAAUUAGAGCGGAAUUAAGUUGCUUGCGGGGGCGGGGAGCUUUUUGAUGAGGCUGUUGCCCUAACCUGGAGGAGCUGACCCUGAACCCCACCUCUCGGCCUCUAAGCCCUGAUCCUGAGGCCAUCACGCAUGAGCCGGGCCCAGACCCUGGCCUGGUCACCUUCCUGCUGGAAUCGUUCCAAGAGCUGCUAGGGACAGGCUCACGGUGGGGAGGAGCAAAGAGAUGAAUGUAGAAGCCAAGUACCGCCAGGCAUCCCUGUAUGUGGGUGACCUCAGUGCAGAUGUCACCGAGGACCUGCUGUUCAAAAAGUUCAGCGCUGUGGGGCCUGUGCUGUCCAUCCGCAUCUGCAGGGACCUGGUCACCCGACGCUCUCUGGGCUAUGCCUACGUGAACUUCCUGAAGCUGGCUGAUGCCCAGAAGGCCCUGGACACAAUGAACUUUGACAUGAUAAAAGGCAAACCCAUCCGUCUCAUGUGGUCUCAACGUGAUGCCUACUUAAGGAAAUCUGGCAUUGGGAACGUGUUCAUCAAGAAUCUGGACAAAUCUAUUGAUAACAAAACCCUUUACGAACAUUUUUCAGCUUUUGGGAAGAUCCUGUCCUCCAAGGUGAUGAGUGAUGAUCAAGGCUCUAGGGGCUAUGCGUUUGUGCACUUUCAGAACCAGAACGCGGCCGACAGGGCCAUCGAGGAGAUGAACGGGGCCCUGCUUAAGGACUGCAGGCUGUUUGUUGGCAGAUUCAAAAACCGUAAAGAUCGGGAAGCCGAGCUCCAAAACAAGGUCAAUGAAUUCACCAAUGUUUACGUCAAAAACUUUGGAGACGACAUGGAUGAUGAGAGACUGAAGGAAGUUUUUAGUAAAUAUGGCAAAACCCUGAGUGUUAAGGUGAUGACAGAUUCCGGCGGGAAAUCCAAAGGCUUUGGCUUUGUGAGUUUUGAUAGCCAUGAGGCUGCCAAAAAGGCUGUGGAAGAAAUGAAUGGAAAGGACGUAAACGGACAGCUGCUUUUUGUAGGACGGGCUCAAAAGAAAUCAGAGCGACAGGCUGAGUUAAAGCAAAUGUUUGAGCAGCUGAAACAGGAAAGAUUUCGGAGAUGCCAGGGCAUGAAGCUCUAUAUUAAGAACCUCGAUGAUACCAUUGAUGAUGAAAAACUGUGGAGGGAAUUUUCUUCAUUUGGAUCAAUUAGCAGAGUCAAGAUAAUGCGGGAAGAAGGGCGAAGCAAAGGGUUCGGCUUGAUCUGCUUCUCCUCUCCUGAGGAGGCCACUAAAGCAAUGGCUGAGAUGAAUGGCCGAAUCUUGGGCUCCAAGCCACUCUACAUCGCCCUGGCCCAGAGGCCCUAGGAGAGAAAAAACUUCCUGCACCAGCCAGUGUUUGCAGCAGGCCUGGGAAUGAUAGUGAUCUCUGCCUGAAUUAUCCUUAGAAAAUUCCGAAUCCCAGCUGAUGGCUGCUUAAUUUAGUAAACUUUGUGAUAAAAGGUUUUGUAUACAAAGCUAUUUUUUUCUUGUGUAGAAAAAUAAAUGAAUCUUGGAAGCUUGAUUCAUUUUACAGAGACACAUCUUCUAAUUACAAUAUUGUAUAUUUCUCUGAUUUUGAUUUAGUAUUCAUAGCAAUAAGUAUAAUUAGAUAUAUUUUUAUUAUGUUUUAAACCAUCUGAA